CAAUGAGCUGUCUGCAGCAGAGCUGAGAGGACCAGCCAUUUUACUUAUGGAAAACAGUGUGGCAUAUUCUGCUGAGCUUCGCCCUGGAAGGAGCCUCUUUUAUACAUCUCUUCAGGGAAGAGAGAAGCGAUGGGCAUGUUAGUAUACAAUGAUCACAGCCACGCAGGCCUGCAGGCUGCCUUUUGGACAGGCUGUUGACUGCUGUUCCAAUUAGCUGAUUGGAGAAUGUGGAAUGCAGAGUGAUAAUGCUGCAUAUCUGCUAUCAGGCAGCAGCAAAGGUUUUUGUCUUGGGAAGGCAAGCUUUCCCUGCAACAUUAUCUCAGCAGCUCCCUAGCUGCUUACCCUGAAAACGAGGGAUCCAAACGGAGGGUGUUGCCCUCUGCUAAUGCUGCUCCUGUGCGUGGCUGUGGCAUAUGAGCGGCAGGUCUGAAAAAGCAGGUGUGUGCUGGGACGGGCACUGGACUGGAACGCAGGCGGACGCUCUCGGGUUUACCUGCUUCCUGUUAACAGACUGUGGGCUCCCAGGGCAUAUGUCUGCACGCUGAGGCCGAGGCGGAGAAGGGGCUUCCUGAGCGUCCCACUACACUGACAGAGACACUUGGAUUGGACUUAAUCUAAAACCUCUGGAGUUCAAGACCUUUUAAAAAGGGCUAAAUAAACAAUCUCUACAUGUAAAAGGCCACUGACUCCUACUUCCUCUGUAUAGAGCAACUGUUGAACUCAGCUGCCUGUAGGAAAACUGAAGACUUUACUAACAAACUCUCCAAGGUCAAAAUGAAUACAGAUAGCGGUGGGUGUGCUCGCAAACGUGCCGCCAUGUCUGUUACGCUAACAUCUGUGAAGAGAGUGCAAAGUUCUCCAAACCUAUUGGCUGCAGGGCGUGAUUCUCAGUCACCAGACUCAGCUUGGAGAUCUUACAAUGAUGGCAAUCAAGAGACACUGAAUGGAGAUGCUACAUAUUCCUCUCUUGCAGCAAAAGGUUUUAGAAGCGUUCGACCAAACCUACAAGAUAAAAGAUCACCAACUCAGGCACCCCCUCCACCAGACAGAAAAGAGAGCUUUCAUAGCUCUUUGAUAACCAGUCACACAAAGGGUGUCAUUUUAGACCAGUUAGUAACUAACACACAAAUUCCCUCCAGUACAGAGUACUUUGCUAACAAAAAACCUCUUCAGGGAACUAUGUACUCCAAUGAAGAUUCGAGGCAGACAAUUGUAUAUUCUGAAGAAUCUAACACAACCAUGUCGUAUACACAAAAAAUCACUAAUCCACUACCAGCAGCUUCCAGCACGGAUCCUGCACCAUUCGCUAACAUCAACACCCCAGUUCUACAAGAGGACUACAGGCAAGAUUCUCAAACUCGGAGGAUUUCUACCUUGAAACUAACCCAUAACCAGGAUCUAGGAAGUAGCAGCCCCAUUAAUACUCCACAGUUUUCCAGAUCUGUCGAAGUACCAUCAUUCCUCAAAAGGCCCUGCUCACUGACCCCUAAUCCAGUGCCUGAGACACACACAGCAUCUCUUUCCAUUCAGAUAGCUCCCCUUUCAGGACAGGAUCUUGAAAGCCACAAACGGCUACCUGAGCUUUCUCCAGAGACUGCAAAGAUACCUCUUCAGCAAGAGAGACAAAAAUCUGCAGUUGCAGCGGCCUCUCAGUCCUCAGACUGCAGAGUGCUUGGAAAUCAGAACUUACCUGCCAGUGUGUUGGAGGUAAAUGCUUCACAGACACACAGACAAACCACACCAGAAGCCUCUCCUCCGUGCCCUCCUUCCGUGGUACCUUUGAACCGAGCCACUUUUUCACCAGGCAGUGGCACCAGCUCAGCGUCACUUAGCCUUCCGCCACCCGAUGGUUUGGGGUCUUCACGCCUGCAUAAUCCCCAGAGCCUUUCCCAUUGCUUAUACAAACACCUGCUCCCAGUUCCUGAAAGCCUUAUCCACAGCCACGACACAGGCUCUCUGACAACAGACUCCUCCCUGGCCGAGCACUCCUCCCGCUCGGAGAGUGAGUCCUCCACAGCCAUGCUAGAGGAGCUGCAGAUUGGUGACUCUGACACCACUGGCCGUUCUGAGACACCCUCCCCCACCUGGGGUCAGAGGUCUGCUGUGACAGAUGGCACCACCUUAACCACCCCUGCGGCCACUCAUAGCCAGAUAACAGUGAAUGGAAACUCAGGAGGUGCCGUGAGUCCCAUGAGUUACUAUCAGAGGCCGUUUUCCCCCUCGGCGUAUUCUCUCCCAGCCUCACUCAACUCCAGCAUUGUCAUGCAGCACGGCACAUCCCUUGAUUCCACAGACACAUAUCCCCAGCAUGCACAGUCUCUGGAUGGCACCACCAGCAGCUCUAUCCCCCUGUACCGAUCCUCAGAGGAAGAGAAGAGAGUGACAGUCAUCAAAGCCCCGCAUUACCCAGGGAUCGGGCCCGUGGAUGAAUCCGGAAUCCCCACAGCAAUUAGAACGACAGUCGACCGGCCGAAGGACUGGUACAAGACGAUGUUUAAGCAAAUUCACAUGGUACACAAGCCGGAUGAUGACACAGACAUGUAUCAUACUCCUUAUACAUACAAUGCAGGUCUGUACAACCCACCCUACAGUGCUCAGUCACACCCUGCUGCAAAGACCCAAACCUACAGACCUCUUUCCAAAAGCCACUCUGACAACAGCACCAAUGCCUUUAAGGAUGCGUCCUCCCCAGUGCCUCCCCCACAUGUUCCACCUCCAGUCCCACCGCUUCGACCAAGAGAUCGGUCUUCAACAGAAAAGCAUGACUGGGAUCCUCCAGACAGAAAAGUGGACACAAGAAAAUUUCGGUCUGAGCCAAGGAGUAUUUUUGAAUAUGAACCUGGCAAGUCAUCAAUUCUGCAGCAUGAAAGACCACCCCCUCUCCCAACAGCUCCGACACCUGUUCCAAGGGAACCUGGCCGGAAGCCUCUUUCUAGCUCCCGACUCGGAGAAGUCACUGGUAGCCCCUCCCCUCCGCCCCGGAGUGGCGCCCCCACACCAAGCUCGCGCGCCCCGGCUCUGUCUCCCACCCGGACCGAUCGCAUAAAUCCAGAUGACAUAGAUUUAGAAAAUGAGCCCUGGUAUAAAUUCUUUUCAGAACUGGAGUUUGGACGCCCGCCUCCUAAAAAGCCUCUGGACUAUGUUCAAGAUCAUUCUUCAGGUGUUUUCAAUGAGGCCUCCUUGUAUCAGUCCUCUAUAGACAGAAGCCUGGAAAGACCCAUGAGUUCUGCAAGCAUGGCCAGUGACUUCAGGAAGCGGAGGAAGAGCGAGCCUGCAGUGGGUCCACCACGGGGCUUGGGAGAUCAAAGUGCGAGCAGGACUAGCCCAGGCCGAGUGGACCUCCCAGGAUCAAGCACCCCCCUUACAAAGUCUUUCACUAGCUCUUCUCCUUCUUCCCCAUCGAGAGCAAAAGGUGGGGAUGAUAGCAAAAUGUGUCCAUCCCUUUGCAGUUACUCAGGGCUCAACGGCAACCCCUCCAGUGAGUUAGAUUACUGUAGCACUUAUAGACAGCACUUGGAUGUCCCUCGGGACUCACCAAGAGCCAUUAGUUUCAAGAACGGCUGGCAAAUGGCCCGGCAAAACGCAGAAAUCUGGAGCAGCACAGAAGAAACCGUUUCUCCCAAAAUCAAAUCCCGGAGCUGUGACGAUCUCCUAAAUGAUGACUGCGAUCGCUUCCCGGACCCGAAAAUCAAGUCGGAAAGUAUGGGCUCCCUGGUGUGUGAAGAGGACUCCAAAGAGAGCUGCCCCAUGGCGUGGGGGUCCCCCUACAUCCAGGAGGGUCGCAGCAAUGGCAGAUCAAGGAUCAGACACAGGUCAGCCCACAACGCCCCGGGGUUCCUGAAGAUGUACAAGAAAAUGCACCGCAUUAACCGCAAGGAUCUGAUGAAUUCCGAGGUGAUCUGCUCCGUGAAGUCCAGGAUACUGCAGUACGAGAGCGAGCAGCAGCACAAGCACCUGCUGCACGCCUGGAGCCAGUCCUCCACGGAGGAGGUGCCCCGGGACGUGGUGCCCACACGCAUCUCCGAAUUCGAAAAGCUGAUCCAGAAGUCCAAAUCCAUGCCAAAUUUAGGGGAUGACGUGCUGUCUCCCGUGACCCUAGAACCACCGCAAAAUGGCUUAUGUCCCAAGAGGCGAUUUUCCAUUGAGUAUUUGCUGGAGGAAGAAAAUCAAAGCGGACGCCCCUCUCAGGGCCAACGAGGCUGCAAGUCUAACGCCCUGGUGCCCAUUCACAUUGAAGUCACCAGCGACGAGCAGCCCAGAACCCACGUGGAGUUUUCCGACAGCGACCAGGAUGGGGUUGUGUCUGACCACAGUGACUACGUUCACGUAGAGGGGUCAUCCUUCUGCAGUGAAAGUGACUUUGAUCACUUUUCCUUCACAUCCUCUGAAAGCUUUUAUGGAUCCAGCCACCACCACCACCACCAUCACCACCACCACCACCACCGCCACCUCAUCAGCUCCUGCAAAGGCAGAUGCCCGGCCUCCUACACUCGAUUUACCACAAUGUUAAAACACGAAAGAGCCAGACACGAAAACACCGAGGAGCCGAGAAGGCAAGAAAUGGACCCGGGCCUCUCUAAACUUGCUUUCCUAGUCAGUCCUGUGCCUUUCCGGAGGAAAAAAAAUGCAGCUCCUAAGAAACAGACUGAAAAGGCAAAAUGUAAAGCAUCUGUGUUUGAGGCUCUGGACUCUGCCCUAAAAGACAUUUGUGACCAAAUUAAAGCUGAAAAGAAAAGGGGGAGCUUGCCGGACAACAGCAUCCUGCACCGCCUCAUCAGUGAGCUGCUGCCAGAUGUUCCCGAGAGGAACUCAUCCCUGAGAGGGCCGAGGAGGAGCCCCCUGCACCAGCCUCUCCACCCACUGCCUCACGAUGGUGCUAUUCAUUGUCCACCCUACCAGCAUGACUGCGGGAGAAUGCCCCACAGUGCCUCCUUCCAAGACCUGGACACAGCCAACCACAGCUACCACCACCAAGACCGUGGCGGUGCACUCCAAGACCGUGAGUCCCCUAGAAGUUACUCAUCCACUUUGAUUGACAUCGGGAGAAGUGCACCAAGGGAAAGAAGAGGAACUCCAGAAAAAGAGAAAUUGCCUGCAAAAGCUGUUUAUGAUUUUAAGGCUCAGACAUCUAAGGAGUUGUCAUUUAAGAAAGGAGAUACUGUCUACAUCCUCAGGAAAAUUGAUCAAAAUUGGUAUGAGGGAGAACACCAUGGGAGAGUAGGCAUCUUCCCGAUCUCAUACGUAGAGAAACUCACACCUCCGGAGAAAGCACAGCCUGCGAGGCCACCUCCGCCAGCCCAGCCUGGAGAAAUCGGAGAAGCUAUAGCCAAAUACAACUUCAACGCAGACACAAACGUGGAGCUGUCGCUGAGAAAGGGAGAUAGAGUUAUUCUUCUUAAAAGAGUUGAUCAAAACUGGUAUGAAGGUAAAAUCCCAGGAACCAACAGACAAGGCAUCUUCCCUGUUUCCUAUGUGGAGGUCGUCAAGAAGAACACAAAAGGUGCUGAGGACUACCCUGACCCUCCAAUACCCCACAGCUAUUCUAGUGAUAGGAUUCACAGCUUGAGCUCAAAUAAGCCACAGCGUCCUGUGUUUACUCAUGAAAAUAUUCAAGGUGGGGGGGAACCGUUUCAGGCUCUGUAUAACUAUACUCCUAGGAAUGAAGAUGAGCUGGAGCUCAGAGAAAGUGAUGUCAUUGAUGUGAUGGAAAAGUGUGAUGAUGGCUGGUUUGUGGGGACCUCAAGAAGAACCAAAUUCUUUGGUACUUUCCCUGGAAACUAUGUCAAGAGGCUGUGAAUUGCUCUCCCUCCUACUGUAGAGGCCGCCUGCCAGCCAUGCACCUGCGUCAACACGCCUGCAACAGCCCGCGGGCCUCCCGUCGUCAUGCCUUACGGUUUCCAAUGCGCCGUCACCAUCUCCACCUGCCACCAAACCACCAGCAGAGGAACCGCCGCUGCUGUGAGCCUGGGGGCGACAUGGCAGGCUGGCCCCGCUCCGUGAAAGUGUGGAUUCCUACUUUCUGCUCUAAGCUUUGACACGUCAAAAUGUGGGAUCAGAAAGAAAAUCAUGAUAUUUUAAAAUGGUCAAAUAUUUGAGGCAAAAAAAAAAAAAAAGUGUCUCCAGGAGGCUGUCUAGCCUCGUGGCUCCAUUUCCACAUCUCCCCCCAGGCGACGUUCUCCCCCAAGAUGACCAGAAAAUUAUUGUUUAUUGGGAAAUGCUGUGGUUUGCAUUUUCAUAUUCUUAGCUUGGCAGUGUAUAUUCUUUUCACAAGUUUGCCUAGUGUCUUGGUUUACACAAUAUGACAACUGUAACUGUACUUUAGCUAUUGUUUGCCUGCACAUACAUGUUGUAAUAUGCACAGUGAUUACAACCUUUAAAGCAAGAGGAGGCAAGUUAAUUUGGAUGAGUGUGAUUUUGUUGAUUGAAUGUGAGUUUUCAAAUAGGAGUCUUUCUCUGCAACUUGUUUGCAUUUUUUAGAAGUGCAAACAAUAAGUGAAUAAGAGCCCUCGGUAAUAAUCAUGGCAAUACGAGAGGCUGAGCUAGGCUACAGGGGAAAACUAUUGUGUUGUAAAGUUGCAUCGCUAUUUUAUAUUAAAAUGUAAUGAUCAGCAUCAUGAACAAUGAGCUCUUAGUGUUUUAUUUAUCUGAAAAAAUGUAAGUAAAAGCAGUGUUAGUGAGAGGUGCAAAGAAUUAUUCUAACAGACACUUGAAAGUAUCUGUAAGCAAUACUAGUAGGUAAGAUUUCACUGUGUGUACACAUACACAUUUGAGAUUGUAUGAGAACAUAUAAUCCAUACAAUAUGUUGUACAUUUUAUGGCAAUGUAAUAGAAUCUCACACAUUAUUUUAUAGAAAUAGAGUACAGAAGCAUCACAAGUAUUAAAGUUGGUUUUGGCAAGGAUUAUGAUUAAUACGAUUAUUUUUACUAUAAUAAUUAUUUUUCUUCUAUGGAACUCAGAAUCCUGGCUACAUUUGAGGACAGGAAUAUGUUGAGCCUGAUUUUCCUGGUGUGUGUAAAAUAUUUCCUAGGAAUACAUUAGGCACUUUUUAGAAACAAUGUUAAAUCAUUCAGGUUUUAUUUUCUGCCCUGAAGCAGAAAUUUAAAAAAUGAUAUUGGGACCUGGAAGGUUUAAUAUAGUUCACAGUGCCUGAAUUACACAUACUCCGAGAACUAGCUUUGUAUUUCUUAUGACUUUGCAUAAGAACCAUUCAUCUUUGGAUCUUGAGCACCUUAUAGAUGAAACUUUUUAUGGCAUUUCUUUCGUGGACAGUGAUUGAUCUUUUCACAAUGUACGUAGCCUCUAGAAUUUUGUACAUAUGUUUGCUCUUUUUUUGUACAGACUAUUUAGUUGUUGAGAAAAUGGGAGUUUCCUAAUUUGGUCUUUAUCCUGCGACACUUUCAGCAGACUAGCCUCUCCUUCUCUCACAGAUCACAAGCACCCCUAGUGUGAUUCUGUCGGAUAGCAUUUAUGCAAAAAUCUAUGAAGUUAAAAGAUCGUAGAAGCCAAAUGAAAUGUACCUAUCUACUGACUGAUGACAAGGGAAUUUCAUUAGGAAGAAGGUAAACAAACAUCUUUGAGUAGCCUACCUUCAUUUCUGUCAAGUUCACAACCAGCUUCAUAUUUUAAAGGCUUCAGGUUUGAAAUUAAGUCAACUGCAUGCAGCUUUGCUGAAAAAUGAAUAAUUCUCUUUGAUGCCAUUUAUGAGAAAAGACUUCAAUAUCUGUUGCCUGUCAUAUUUAAGAAAAAUUACUGUUUCUACUCUCUGUAUCUGAUUUUAAAGGAAAAAAAUAUUCAUACCUGGCUUGCAGGUAAUUGACUUUGAAUUCUUACAAGCAAAGGUCAUUGUGUUUUUCUUGAAUAGAUAUCUAAUAAAUUUUGCUUGGAAGUAUA